AUUUCCGGUUCCCUGCAAGAUCCGAGAGGCGGCGCACACCGCCAAUUUCUUUUUCUUGGAGCCAAAGCAAAAGCCUACAACGGUCCCUGUUAUUAAAAAUAAAAACCCCACCUUUUCUCCUCUUCUCCUCCACAACACCUCUCUCUCUCUCUCUCUCUCUCUCUCUCUCUCUCUCUCGGGGAGUUUAAGCUACUAAGAUUUCACGGAUUGGUGUGUGGAUUUAGCUCAGUUCAUGACGACUCCUUUAGUUGCUGGUUUAACCGUAGCAGCAGCUGCUUUGGGAGGCAGAUACAUGAUUCAGGCAUGGCAAGCAUUUGGUGGUCGUGCAGCGGUUCCUCGGGUACGGAGGUUUUACCCUGGUGGAUUUGAGCGGCAAAUGACUAGAAGAGAAGCGGCAUUGAUCCUUGGCAUUAGGGAGCAUGCUGCAAUGGAGAAGAUCAAAGAGGCUCACAGGAGAGUGAUGAUUGCUAACCACCCUGACGCCGGAGGAAGCCAUUAUCUCGCUUCGAAGAUUAACGAGGCAAAGGAUGUGUUGGUCGGAAAAGUAAAGGGUGGCGCCUCCGUCUUUUAGUCGCAGCAAGGUGACAUCAAGAUUACACACACUUAUUUCUUUGGACUAUAGAGAAAUCACUAUAAAUUGGAGAUGGCAACAGCAUGACAUUCUUUUCAUAGCUCCUGAUUAGUUGUCCUGUAGUCAGGAACAGGAAUCACCAUUAAUGAUUAUAAAAUGUUUAUCAUCUAUGAUUUAGAGCAGUGAGUCAUUCUAGUAGUAACCAUGGCACAAAAACAACAAUUUAAAGCCUUAACUACACUUGACUACAAUGGUUCUCUCUUUAUCUCUCUCUCAAACACACUUAUGCACACACUGUGGAGAAUGUGAAACAACUAUUUUCUGCUUGAGGUAUUUGAGAAAAAUGAUUGUUUUA